CCGUGUGUUUUCUCACAAUCAAUAAAAAUGAAUAACAGACUGCCAUGACGGUUCAUGGCUCUCUGCCGUCAGCUGUCAACUGUUUCUUGUUGAUUGAUUAAAGUGUUUUUUUCAAACAUGCAAACCAAAAAAGAAACGUAAGGCAAAUCAUUCAAACAUAGAAAUGCAUAUUGGAAAAGGAGUGAGGAGAAGAACAACUUCUAAACUCUUUACAUAAUGAAUAAAACCAAGCUUCUGUUCUUGAAUAAGCAGGACCAGAUUCAAAGCAUCAGCCAGUAUGUCUCCAAUCUAGAUGUCUCCUCUCUGACCUGUCCCUGCCUCAUUCUGUUCUGGAAUCCCUCUGUUCAUACAUUAACCUGAGCUUUACCUCACCCUGCCAGUCUCAAUGUGAAAAUGACAGUAACAAUCUGUGUGUGGGCAGAGCCGGUCCAUCCAGGAGGACCUGUUACUGCUAUUCUUUCAUUUGAAAUGAUGAGCAACGCAUGUUUUCAGCCACACCUCUUCACAUGUUCCACCUCUCCAUCAAACCAGUCAGUCAGACUUCAGCCAGUCAACAAGUCCACCAUGGCUGUCAACAUCCCCGGAGUGAUAGCGAUGGUACCUGCUGGUCCUCGGGACCGGCAUCUGGGCUUCUUUCAAGUCCAAACGGGAACAGAAGAAAAGUGCAGCCACCACAGUGGACAUGGCCCUGCUGGGAAACCGGAGCAUCAACUGUGUGGUGGGAAUAUUCACGAUGACAGGUGGCUUGCUGCUCGCCAAACCAUUGAGGGAAAGAAACUUUGUGACGAUGCUGGACCCUUUUCAGAUCAAGUAUGGAGAAGUACUAACAGCUGUACUGAGCCUGGUUUCACUUUUUCUUGAUGUUCUCUGGGUGGCUGCAGUAGUAGCUAGUUUAGGAGGAGUCAUGAGUGUGGUCCUAGAUUUGUCCUUCAGUUUGUGCAUCUGGAUCUCUGCUGCCGUUGCCAUCGUCUACACCCUGCUGGGAGGACUCUACUCUGUGGCCUACACGGACGUUAUUCAGCUUAGCCUCAUAUUCGUCAGCUUGUGGGGGUGCGUUCCCUUCGUUUUGAUGAAUCCUCAUACCUUGGACAUUCGCCAGACCCUGAUGAACAACACCUUACACGGCCCCUGGAUCGGCACCCUUGAGCUGAAAAAGACCUUUAUAUUCAUUGAUGAUUUCCUUUACUUAUCCCUAGGGGGUCUGGGAUAUCAGUGCUUCCACCAGAGGAUCCUGUCGGCUUCUUCCUCUGCCACAGCCAAGGUCUCUUGCAUUGCCGCGGCUUUCGUCAUACUUGUAUUUGGAAUACCUCCAAUACUGCUUGGGGCAGGUGCAGCAUCCACAGACUGAACCCUGACUUCCUAUGGUUCUCCAUCUCCAUACGAGCGUGGGGAAGCAGCUCUGGUUCUGCCCAUCACCCUGCAGCACCUCACCCCAUCCUUCAUGUCCAUUGUCGGUGUCGGGUGCGUGGCAGCCGCAGUGAUGUCAUCAACUGACUCUUAUUUGCUGUCUGGAGCUUCGGUCUUCACCACAAACCUUUACAACAACGUCAUGAGGCCAAAGGUAAAUAAAAAAAACACACUACAUCACAACAUUAGAAUA